UUUGUUUGCUACUUUCGACGGUUACGCGCGAGCGUGCUCGCGCUCUUUCUUUCACAGGUGCGCUCAGUUCAGCGAGCCCACAGGAGGACACACUUCAGCAGGAUGACAUGAAAGACACAACGGAGAGCACAGUCAACAUGGAGGAGUUUUUUAAAACGGUGGGGGAGGUGAGAAGCCUCAUUGAAAAAACCUCCUGCCAAGCAGAAGAGGUGCAGAAAAGAUAUGGCUCCAUUCUUUCCACUCCAAACCCAGACAGGAAAAUCAAAGAUGAGCUGGAGCUACUGAACAAUGAGACCAAGAAGAACGCCAACUUGGUCCGAGACAAAUUGAAAUCAAUACAGAAGAACUUGGAUGUGGAUGACAACAAUAAAAGGGCCUCAGUAAUUCAGCGUAUUCAAAAGAACCAGCACUCACACCUGACUCUGUGCUUUGCUGAAGUCAUGAGGGGCUACCAUAAGGCUCAAAUCUCCUUCAGAGAGAAAUGCAAAGCACACAUUCAGAGACAGCUGGAGAUUGUGGAUGCAGUGACUACAGAUGAAGAGUUGGAGGAGAUGCUGCACCGUGACAAUCUUGCCAUCUUCAUAACUGAUAUCAACUCUGACGCUCGGAUUUCCAGCCAGGCUCUGAGUGAGAUUGAAUCUCGUCAUCAGGACAUCAUCUGCCUCGAGUCCUGCAUCAAACAGCUGCACGACAUAUUUGCUGACACUGCCAUGCUGUUGGAGACUCAGGGGGAAUUGAUCAACAACAUAGAAAAGAAUGUAACUAGUGCUGCAGAGUACAUAGACAUAUCCAAAGCAGAAACCUGUGAAGCAGUUGCGUACAAGAAGAACCCAACAAAGAUAGCAUCUCUCCCGAGCUUCUUCAAGCAUUUCAAGAGAAAAACCACUGCUAAAACUGCUGCUGAUUAAAACACCUCAGACGUAAACCAUGACUGAGCUCCUGAGCCUGUUUGAACAUCGAUUGCACCAAACAUCCUGAACAACAUCAAAGCCUGUCACCGAUAGAACACACUUUUCAUCUGAUUUAUGGUACAGGGCCUGUCUGCCUCCUCAAAACCCUUCUA